AUGUCGGCCUAUCUCUCUCUCUUUACUCCUCAGGAGAAAGGAAAAUCUCAAGAAAUAAAAAAGAUAUCUGAGCCGCCACCAACAGCAACUCCGUCUGUCGACGUCAUCAGCGACAAGAAACCAGCUGCUGGGGAAGAGACUAAGGCCAGCUACAACCUCAGCCCCAGCAAGACGCCAACCCCGGAGCGAGACCUGGGGCUAAAGAAGGAAGAAGCAGAAACCGAGGAAGCCGUUGGCGAUGUCACUAAUGAGCGGUGGGCUUGGUUCCGUAAUAUCUUUGAGAAGAUCGUGGUGUUUGGCCGUGUUGAGCUUCGCGGUGUGACCCCCAUUCCGGUCAAGGAGCGGACUCAAACCCAAACGAUCAAUAUAUUCACGUUGUGGUGGUCUAUGAAUACGAAUAUCUUGCCUAUCUCCUUUGGCAUGUUGGCUCCCCUCUACGGGCUCAACCUGCGUAAUGCGUCGCUAGUCAUCCUCUUCUUCAUCCUUCUGACUACGACGCUACCCGCCUACCUGUGCACGCUGGGUCCCAAGAUCGGCAUGCGGCAGAUGCUUCAGGCCAGGUACAGCUUUGGCCGCUAUCUCGUUGGCAUCCCUGUCCUACUGAACCUCGCCACCAUGACCGGCUUCUGCGUCAUCAUCUGCGUCGUAGGCGGGCAAUGUCUCUCAGCCGUUGCCGACGGAGACCUCAGUGUCGCCGUUGGGAUUGUUAUUAUGGCCAUCCUCACGCUGGUCAUAUCCUUCUGCGGCUACCGUGUGCUGCAUUUGUACGAGAAGUUCGCAUGGAUCCCUGCCGUCAUCGCGCUUGCUGUGGCAGCCGGCACCGGUGGCAAGGACCUUAAAAACCAAAUUGACUACGAUGAGAAGCCGAAUGCGAAGGCCGUCCUGACAUACGGCAUGUUGCUUGCCGGGUACAUGAUCCCCUGGGCGUGUCUUGCGUCGGACUUCUCGACGUACCUUAAGCCUGAUACCUCUUCUCUGAAAAUCUUCUCCUACUCCUACUUCGGCCUGGCCAUCCCUCCAAUUCUCCUAAUGAUCCUCGGCGCAGCCAUCGGCAACGCUACCCCUCUCAACCCAGUCUGGCAGGCCGCCUACGAACAGACCCAGGUCGGCGGCGUCCUCGAUGCCAUGCUUCACCCAGCCAAGGGCUUCGGAAAGUUCCUCGUCGUCGUGCUCUCUUUCUCGUUGCUGGGAAAUCUGGCAGCUACCUCAUACAGCGUGACGCUCAACUUGCAGCUGCUGUUUCCCAUACUCGCGUGGGUGCCACGGUACCUGUUCAGUAUCGUAUUUGUCGCCAUUGUGAUCCCUGUGGCUAUCCGCGCAGCAGGUGAUUUCUUCUACAACCUUGAAAACUUCCUGGGUUUGAUCGGCUACUGGAGCUCGGCGUUCCUGGGCGUGGUGUUGGUCGAGCAUUUCUGGUUCCGGAAGGGCAACUGCGCCGAGUAUGACCCUGAGGUAUGGGACGAUGCGAAGUCAUUGCCCUGGGGCGUGGCGGCGUUAGCGUCAGCGGUGUUGAGUUUUGGGUUGGUGAUCCCUUGUAUGGAUCAGGUUUGGUGGACGGGACCGAUUGCUGAGAGGACUGGUGAUAUUGGGUUCGAGGUUGCGUUUGUUGUCACGGGGUUGUUGUAUGUGCCGCUGAGGACACUGGAAAGGAGGCUGGCUGGCAGGUAG